AUGCCGGACGACUUGAUAAUGCAUUUCUCCAAUUCUUCGAACCAAUCGGAUCAAUCCUCGAAGAUUGCAAAGCUCGAGGCCCGAUUGGUCGGCAGGUCUUCAUCUGCAGUUGCCUCACAGCCCCAAGCUCCGGCCCAGCUGAACUCGUGGCCCACCUCAGCCAAGUUUGUAGAGACAGGAGAUAGCCUGCCGGACUCUUUUGUCGACAGCGAUGAUUCUGAUGAUAAUGGAGGACCCUAUCUUAUACAAGCAAAUACUCAAAAACGGCGAAAGCUCGAAGAAGAUAGUUCCCCUGUUGGUGAACAUGUUGAGGAUGGUAAUAUUUCAGAGAAUGUACAGUUGGCAGUACCUGAUACUAGACAAAAAACCAUAGAAAUAGUAGACUCCGACAAGGCUGUAGCAGAAGUGAGUAAAAGAAAACAGGGCCGUGGAAGGGCGAAUUCUUCAGGUAGAGGCCGUGGCAGUCGAGCAAAAAAUCAGAUGACUUCUCCAUCAAACGGCCAGGUUGUAAACUCACAUCAAAAGGAAGAGUUGAUCAAAGAGCGACUUGGGCACGAUAGCCAAUCAUCUUCAGAGGAUGAUGCAAAUUCAUUGCGCGCUAAGGUUGCGUUAUUGGGGGAGGAGCUGACAAAAUCACGUGAGGAGGCUUCUGACUAUCGUAAUAAGUGUGAAUGCCUUGAAAAGGAGCUGAAGGAUGUGAAAGAUUAUGAGCAGCAGAUGAAGCCUAAGAGAAUGAAGGUGAUAUCUGAUUUGCUGAUAUCUGUAUCCAAAGCCGAAAGACAUGAGGCAAGGAUGAAAGUACGUCAAGAUUCCUUGAGACUUGGCAAUGUGGGAGUGAUAAGAGCUGGGACAGUUAUAUCCGAGGCAUGGGAGGAUGGACAAGCACUAAAGGAUCUCAAUGCUCAUCUUAGGAGUUUGUUGGAAACAAAAGAGGCCAUUGAGAGGCAGAGAAAAUCUAUGAAGAAACGCCAACCUGAUAAGGGCGAUGCAUCUGAAUCUGAGGGUGGGGUUCAGGAAGAAGAUAUUCUCAUUCAGGACGAAAUAUUCAAGUCUCGUCUAGCCAGCAUCAAGCGCGAAGAGGAAGCAGUUAUGCGCGAAAGAGACCGCUAUGAACUGGAGAAAGGGAAACUUAUACGUGAAAUGAAACGUAUAAGGGAUGAAGAUGGUUCUCGUUUUAACAAUUUUCAGAUAUUAAAUCAGCGUUAUGCUCUCUUAAACCUUCUGGGCAAAGGAGGGUUUAGUGAGGUUUAUAAGGCUUUCGACUUGGUGGAAAAUAGAUAUGUUGCCUGUAAGCUUCACGGUUUGAAUGCUCAAUGGAGUGAGGAGAAGAAACAAAGCUAUAUACGGCAUGCAAUUAGGGAAUACAACAUUCAUAAAACGUUGGUUCACCAUCACAUAGUUCGGCUUUGGGACAUUUUCGAGAUUGAUCACAAUACAUUCUGCACCAUCUUGGAAUACUGUAGUGGUAAGGAUCUUGAUGCAGUUCUUAAAGCAACACCUGUUCUGCCCGAGAGGGAAGCUCGGAUCAUAAUUGUCCAGAUCUUUCAAGGCCUUGUUUACCUGAAUAAAAGAUCACAAAAAAUUAUUCACUAUGAUUUGAAGCCUGGAAAUGUUUUAUUUGACGAAUUAGGAGUGGCUAAAGUAACAGAUUUUGGUCUUAGCAAGAUUGUAGAGGAUGAUGUUGGAUCCCAAGGCAUGGAACUUACUUCUCAGGGUGCUGGUACAUAUUGGUAUCUGCCUCCAGAAUGCUUCGAGCUGAGCAAAACACCUCUCAUUUCCUCAAAGGUCGAUGUUUGGUCUGCAGGCAUCUUAAUGUACCAAAUGUUGUUCGGCAGAAGACCCUUCGGACAUGACCAGACACAAGAGCGGAUUUUGCGUGAAGACACAAUCAUAAAAGCUCGUAAAGUUGAAUUCCCUUCAAGACCAUCUGUAUCGACUGAGGCAAAGGAUUUUAUUCGCCGUUGUUUGACAUAUAAUCAAGCAGAGAGACCCGAUGUUUUAAGUAUCGCCCAAGAUCCAUACCUAAACUAUAUAAAAAAAUGA